AAAUCUUCCCCAUCUCAUCUCUAAGAUACUACUAAGUGCCAAUUACUUUUCCGGAAGAAUUCCAGAUCUCCAAUGGCUGCCUCGUUGGUCUCAGCAGCGGUAAGAAGGCUAGAAGGGAAGGUUGCGCUCAUUACCGGCGGAGCUAGCGGCCUCGGUGAGUGUACUGCGAGACUCUUCUGCAAACAUGGAGCCAAAGUGCUGAUCGCCGAUAUCCAGACCGAUUUAGCCAAAUCUGUCUGCAACGAUCUGGGUCCUACCUCUUCCUUCGUUUACUGCGACGUGACCAAGGAAGCAGACGUUAAAGAUGCCGUGGACGCCGCCGUCUCCGAGUUUGGAAAGCUCGAUAUCAUGUUCAAUAACGCAGGAAUCAUUGAUCCUUCCAAACCCGACAUCAUAGAAAAUGAAACGGCAGUAUUCGAGAAGGUUUUGAAAGUGAAUCUUGUCGGCCCAUUUUUGGGUACCAAACACGCCGCCCGGGUCAUGAAACCGGUCCGCCGUGGCAGCAUAAUCAAUACCGCAAGUAUAUCUUCGAUUAUGGGCGGAGUUGCGUCUCACUCCUAUGUGAGCUCGAAGCACGGCGUGGUGGGGCUGACAAGAAACGGAGCGGUGGAGUUGGGUCAGUACGGGAUCCGGGUGAAUUGCGUUUCCCCGUACGUAGUUCCGACUCCACUGUCAAAAAAUUUUUACGCCAUGGACGAGAAGGGAGUUUUUGACAUCUAUGCAAAUCUCAAAGGGGCGAACUGUGAGCCAGAUGAUGUGGCUGCGGCGGUGCUCUACUUGGGGAGUGAUGAGUCCAAAUAUGUGAGCGGGCUCAAUUUGGUCAUCGAUGGAGGCUUCACCAUCACCAAUGCUGGGUUUACAAUAUUUGGCAAUCCUCAAUGAGUUGUUCAUCUAUAUGGUACCACUGAAAUUCGAAAGAACUAAUAUUUGUUUCUCCUAUGUGGUAUAACAUAAGCUUAGAUAGCAUCAUAUGUGAGAAGUGGAACAAAUUCCUCGGAAGAAUUGAAUCACGAGUGAAUGUAUAAUAUAAUUAUAAUAUAUUUUAUAUUAUAAA